GAACAUGAUGAUGAUCAUGUCAUAUGAAGUCAGGGACAGACCCACAAAGAUGACUUCAUCAAUUCGCUGCAUAACUGCUUCUUCCAUCACUGCUUUGAAUAUCAGACUGUAAAACGUACACAGCGGCUUGAUAGAGUACGACGAACUUUGAGACUGAGUAAACAUUCAGGUCCAGCCAUGACCGGACAGAGAUAAAGGAGCAUACACGAUUCUCAACAAUCACCGCCCAGCCGCCAAUAUGUUAGGCAAAGUCGUCCUCGAAGAAGCCUACGAGCGGCCUAACAUGCAAGAAAAGUCCAAGCAUGAGGCCAGUCUCUAUAUUGCUCCCAAUGACCGUCCUCGCUACAUGCGUCAAAUCAACGACAUCAAUCAAGAACGACUGAAGCUAGCCGACGCACACGGCAUCGGAUACACCAUUAUCUCUCUCACCGUCCCCGGCAUCCAGGGCAUCGCCGACAAAGCCGAAGCCGAACAAGUGGCCACCGAGACCAACAACUGGGCAGCAGAACAAAUCAAAAACCAUCGGGACCGUCUGGGCGCCUUUGCUUGCCUCUCAAUGCAUGAUCCAGCUCAAGCCGCCAAUGAGUUGCGCCGCUGCGUUCAGGAACUAGGAUUUCACGGCGCGUUGCUGUGCAGCUUCCAGCAUGCAGGUCAAGACAGCGAGACGUACCUGUUUUACGACCAGCCGGAAUAUGAUGAGUUCUGGAAAGCCCUUGUGGAGCUGGACGUCCCCUUGUAUAUCCAUCCUGCUGCUCCGACCGGGGUCAUCCUCGAGAAACUCUAUGCUCAACGACCUGCGCUUAUCGGUCCCCCGCUAUCGUUUGCCAACGAUGUCAGUUUACAUACGCUGGGAAUCAUCUCCAACGGAGUCUUUGAUCGCUUUCCAAAACUCAAAAUCAUCAUUGGUCAUCUGGGAGAGCACAUUCCGUUCGAUUUCUGGCGGAUUGACCAUUGGUUCCGGGACGUCAAGAAGCCAAUUGCGAAUGAGGAGGGUCGGGUCAUGGCACAGAAGAGCCUCUACCAUUAUUUUAAGCAUAAUAUCUGGCUUACUACUAGUGGUCACUUCUCCACUCCGACUUUGAAGUACGUGGUCAAUGAGAUUGGUGCUGACCGGGUCCUUUUUAGCGUUGACUACCCGUAUGAAACAACCGAGAGUGGCUGUAACUGGUGGGAUCAUGAUAAGGACGCUAUUGUUGAGGCUGUUGGAGGUGUUGACAAUUAUUAUGCCAUUGGUCGGGAGAAUGCGAAGAAAUUGCUAAGGUUAGACAAGUUUCACGAUAGUGAUGCUUGAACAUCUUGAAUGGAUCGGAAGCUCGAGACACCCGCGACUAUUCUAAUUAACACAUUUCCAUCCCUUCACCUACUGAAGCUCAGGGGCGUAGUUCGUACAUCGACCGGGUAAAUGAAUAUCAGAACGGCGUUACUCAGUAGUAGCAAGUAGUGAAGGACGUGAUUUCCCGCUGGCCUGCUGCCGCCGGAAACAAUCCCCAUCCAUUUCCUCCAUAGUGGAAGAAACCGAGUAUCGGGUCCCCAUCCAAUCCAUACAUCACAUGAAACACAUACAGACCGCAGGCGGGGUGCCUGUCUUCGUCGCGUCCACGAGCAUUUGACUUAACUGCGAUUGCAGAUUCGUGCGGGUUAUUCCUCGGGUUUGGCGAUGCAGAUCUCUGUGACCAGAAGCAAGUCUGUUUCGGACAACGCCAGCAGAGGAUGACUAGGGGUCUUAAG